AUGAGUGAUCAUCAACAACAAAAUUCAGAGACAGAAAGUAGCUCAACAAACUCAUUCUCACCACCCUCACCUUCUUCACCAUCCUCCAACUCUACCCCAUCAAAGAAGCAUCAACAAGACCAAGAUUUCGCUCCCUCUAAGAAAAUAAAAACAAUAAGAGACUCAAACAAGCAUCCAGUCUAUCGUGGAGUUCGGAUGAGAAACUGGGGCAAAUGGGUGUCUGAAAUUCGUGAGCCACGCAAAAAGUCUCGCAUUUGGUUAGGGACUUUUCCGACACCAGAAAUGGCAGCUCGUGCACAUGAUGUAGCUGCUUUAAGCAUCAAAGGAAACUCAGCUAUUCUUAAUUUCCCUGAGCUCGCCAACUCUUUACCUCGACCAGCUUCACUUGCUCCUCGUGAUGUUCAAGCAGCCGCUGCCAAAGCUGCCCAAAUGGACAAGUUUGACCAAAAAUGUGAAACAACAACACCAACCUCUUCAUCUUCUUCUUUGACAUCUCUCGUUUCUUUGAUGGACUUGUCGUCGCCAGAGGAAGAGUUAAGCGAGAUUAUUGAGUUGCCAAGUCUUGAGACGAGCUAUGAUGUUUUAAACAAUGAUUUUGUUUACUUUGACUCGGUUGAUGGGUGGAUGUACCCUCCACCGUGGAUGCAAAGCGUGGAGAAUCACUGUUUCAGCGACGGUGGUGGGUAUGCUUGUGAUGAUUUUACAGUGCCGGAUGAGAGUAGUGUUUUAUGGAAUUAUUAG